AUGGCCCAUCUGGAUCUGCUCGUCUCGUAUGGAGCUCCCCUUUUUGUAUUCGCUACGAUAUUCUACUAUUUAUUAGCUCCAUACUUCUUCACCUACGGCAAGCUUCGGAAUAUUCCAGGCCCCUUUCUAGCCAAAUUCUCACGAGUGUGGCUUCUAUAUGUCUCUCGGUGGGGCCAUCGUGCUGAGCGCGUUGACGAGCUCCACAAGAAAUGGGGGCCGGUCGUUCGAAUUCAACCCAACCAGUUUAGUAUUGCAGACGAUGAAGCUAUCCCCGUCAUUUACGGUCAUAAGAACGGGUUCCCAAAGUCAGACUAUUACGACGCCUUCAUUUCUAUGAAACCCGGCAUCUUUAGCACUAGAGACAAGGCUGUUCAUGUAGCUAAGCGAAAGAGAGUCGCUCAUGUGUUUGCACCAAAAUCUCUCGGCCAGUUCGAGCCAUACAUCCACUCAAACCUUGCCAUCCUCGUGCGCCAGCUAGAUAGCAUAACCAUGAAUCAGCGCAAGCCUGAUGGCUGGGCUUACCUGGACUGUCUUCCCUGGUUUAACUUCACUGCGUUUGAUAUCAUUGGUGAUCUCGCCUUUGGUGGUUCAUUCGGCAUGCUUGAAUCUGGAGCAGACAUCGCGGAGUACCGGCCAUCGCCAGAAGCACCGCCUUUAUAUACCCGGGCCGUGGAGACCUUAAACCGCCGUGGCGACACGGCAAACACAUUGGGCGCAUUGCCUGAGCUCCGACAUUAUGCUAAAUGGUUGCCCGACCCAUUUUUCAGACACGGCUCCCAGGCCAUCAAGAAUUUGACCGGUAUUGCCAUCGCCCGUGUGAAGAACCGUUUGGAAAAUCCGCUCAAGAACAACCGUGAGGAUAUUCUACAGCGCCUCAUAGAGGCCCGAGACGAUAACGGACAACCACUAGCUUUUUCUGAGCUCGUUACGGAGGCUUUGUCGCAACUAGUAGCGGGGUCCGAUACCACCAGUAACUCAGGUUGUGCUUUACUUUACCACGUGGGCAGAACUCCAGGGAUCCUACCUAAGCUCCAAAAGGAAUUAGACGCUGCGAUCCCAGACGACGUCGAGGUUCCAUCUUACAAUAUGGUGUCCAAGCUUCCAUACCUCGAGGCUGUAAUCAACGAGACAUUACGGCUGCAUUCAACUGCAGGCCUGGGACUCCCACGAGAGAUCCCGGCUACGUCGUCGGGCGUUGAUCUCCAUGGGCACCAUUUCCCUCCUGGAACCAUUCUGAGCGUGCCGAUCUACACGAUUCACCAUUCCAAGAAGAUAUGGGGUUCUGAUGUAGCUGAUUUCAAACCUGAAAGAUGGUUUAGCCUAACCGACCGACAGAAGGCUGCUUUCAUUCCAUUCGGGUCUGGCACGCGGGCAUGUGUCGGACGUAAUCUAGCCGAGUUGGAGAUGAAAGUCAUCAUCGCCACGUGGGCAAAGAGGUAUGACUUCGUCACGAAACAGGACCAUCUGGAGACCUUUGAAGGGUUCCUACGGAAGCCGCUAGGUUUGCAAAUCAGCCUGAGGAGGAGAAAACUGUAG